AUGCCUUGGAGCUCUGUAUGUAUUACUGCUUUUUGCCACAGUAGGAGUUUUCUAUUGGCUGUGGUUGAAGGUGUGCGCCCCCCAAAGAUGGCGCCCCCGCGGCACGGCCGCUACACCGUCGAGCCCGUGACCUUCCAGAGCGAGGGCGUGGAACUGGUGGGCAAUCUGUACCUUCCUCAGGGGGGUGACGUCAGCAAAGCGCCAGCUGUUGCGAUCCUGGGGCCCUUCUGUUAUGUCAAAGAACAGGCACCGGUUCAGUACGCAACCAGGCUCGCUGAUGAGGGGUUUGUGGCUCUGGCGUUUGACUGCCGGACGCAUGGGGCGAGUAAGGGAGAACCGCGGAGAUUGGAGGAGCCGCAGAACAAGGUGGUGGAUUUGGGCAGUGCGAUUGAGUUCCUGAAGAGCCGGCCCGAGGUUGACGCAGACAAGAUUGCGGCGCUUGGGGUCUGCGAGGGCGCUUCGGAGGUCAUGGUUGCGGCUGCCUCUAAUCCGAACAUCAAAGCGGCGGCUGUGGUCAGUGGCCAUUAUCGCGAGCAUGAUAACGACGUGGCGCUUAUCGGAGGGCUGGAGCUCCUGGGGGGGGAGAUCAAGGUGGAGGAAGCGGAGGCGCGGCUGCAGCAGCGGAGUGAGAAGGCGAAGGCUGCCCUGGAGAAGUACCAGGCGACUGGGGAGGUUGAGUACAUUCCGAUCGUUGAUCCCCUCCGCAAGGACGUGGGCCUCCCCUGGAAGCCCAUCUGGGAUUGGUACCAUGGCUGGGCCGAUCGCGGCAUCUGGGAGAACCGGGUGGCGCUCAUGAGCUACGUCAGGUACAUGGAGUUCGAGUCGCUCAACGCUGGCGCCGCCCAGUUGAAGGUCCCGACCAUCAUGAUCCACGGCGAGUUCUCGGACGGGCCGCCGUCAGCUUACAAGCACUUCGAGACGAUCGCGAGCGAGAAGAAGAAGUUGGUCAAGGAAGACGGCGUUAACCAUUUCCAGUUCUACGAGGACCCGGCUGUGAUCGACAAGGCGGUCGGGAAUGCGGCAGAGUUUCUGCUCGAGCACCUGGGUUAAGCUGACGGGUGGUUAGGAUUUGACCUGGUCCGCAGCAAUUUGGCAACAACUUCUUGUGCGCGCGUUGCUUAGCUAUUGUAUUAUCUGAUCAAAGGCAAUUGCCAUUGUGGCUUUUUGAUUUUGCUGCCGUGCCCUGUGAUCCAAGACUUCUGUCAUAGUAGAAGUACAGCAUACUGCAGUACGUUGAUGUAGAAGACUGCGAGAGCCCAGACUCCCUGAUGGACGAGAUGAAAAAUCUUGCAAUUAUCGAACCAAAUACGUAAGGACACAAUCGGGACUAAUUAUGUGGAUUGUGCAACGUACGUUGCCAACUGUCGAAC